UCAGCUUUGGUCCGGCUGCGCACGGAGCUGGUCGUAUUUCAAUACAACAAUAACCGAUUGCCAAUAACUAGUUCCAUAAUGAUUCGUUUCUGUAACCGAAGGUGGGCAGCCUUUGUCUGUAUACUUGCGGUCUCGAUUGGAGUAUUGCACGGCAUGUCACACGUUGAAUUUUACGAAUAUUACUCCCGAUUUUUGGAUGACAUCGAUAGACUGUGUGAACUGAGUGUUGACUACAUCUCGUAUGUCAUUACGCGGCUGCUGAGCAGUAAAAAAACUGAUAAAUUGCAGAUGGUUAACGAGCAUUACAACCUGAUGGUUCAGAGAGCUAAGCCCUUGUUCACGCUUUUCGACGAAGACAUACGGAGGCUUAUCAUAUUCACAGACAACUUGGAGAGCAUAGAAAUGGUCAAGAAGUUCCUUUACUCUUACUUCAGACAGAGUGCAAUCAACUUGAUCGAUCACUUGAAACGGGUCUACAACUUGUGACAAUGCCUGUAGCUUAACAGAUUUCUACCGUGUUGAAAUUGAUGAGUCUUCUUAGACGUGCAAGUUAAGAUUUCACAUUUGAAUACGGCAGCUUGUUAUUUUUGAUUGGAUUACCAGGUGACGUUCGUUCAAUUUCUAUACGGCUACGAUGGUAAGCCAGAUAGCUCAGCUGCUCACAAAUAUAUUACUAAGUGAAAUGUAGAUAGAGAGAAACCUUCCUACGAUUUGUCAGCUAGAAUCGCAACGUCGUUUCCUUCUUACAGGUGGCACUACAAAUUUUUCUGUAAAUCAAUAAAUCGUUGUGGAAAAACAUA